CGCUGAGGUGCGCGGACGUCAAGAAUGUUUAUAUUCGUGUGUUUGUUCGCGAUUGCGUACGCGCAAGAUAACCUCUCUGUAAACACGACGCAAGGUGUUGUUAUCGGCAGCCGGGCGAGCGAUGGAAACUAUUAUUCGUUUUACGGAAUACAUUAUGCCGGCUCUACGGCUGGGCUGAAUCGAUUCAAGGCACCUACUCCACCACCUGUAUAUCCCGGAGAAUAUCACGCAAUAGACACUAAAGUUAUUUGCGCCCAUCCUACUAGCCGAGGUCUUGUUGGAGUCGAAGAUUGCCUGGUACUUAAUGUUUUCACACCAAACGCAAUUGCCAGUAAUAGACCCGUGCUUGUCUGGCUUGAAAGUGAAGAAUAUACUACCACCAGACAAGAAGUGUACUCCGUAAAGAAACUUGUAGAAGAAGACUUAGUGGUCGUUUCAAUAAAUUACAGACUAUCGAUAUUCGGAUUUCUCUGUUUAGGUGUACCUGAAGCACCAGGUAAUGCUGGUCUCAAAGAUGUUAUCCAAGGAUUAGAAUGGAUUAAGAACAAUAUAGCUGGUUUUGGUGGAGAUCCCAACAAUGUUGUAUUGCUUGGACAUAGUUCAGGCGCUGCAAUAGCGGAAUUGAUAACGUUAUCGCCUCUAGCGCAAGGUUUAGUUCACAAAGUCAUCGCUAUAAGUGGAUCGGCACUCUCUCCCUGGGCUGUUGCAUAUGAGCCUCUCAAAUAUGCAGAAAGUGUAGGCGAGAAAUUAGGAUACGGUGGUAAAUCACCAGCACAGCUCGCUGCAUCGCUGGUCUCAACACAUAUAAAUGUCCUUGCACCAGUACUAAAUGACUUCGAGUUCUAUAACAACACUCCCUUAUUCGCACCGUGUAUCGAAGAUAAGAAUCUCAUAUCAAAUGAGACUGUUUUAACUGACGCUCCUAUAAAUUUACUACGCAACGGCAAUUACAGUCACGUUCCAUAUAUUGCUGCUUUUGUUGACAAGGAAGGCACCAUAAGGGCAGAACAAGCAGCUUUCCGUAAUUGGUUGAACAAGAUGCAAAGCAAUUUUACAGAUUUUAUUCAAGCCGAUCUUAAAUUUGAAUCAACGCAAAACAAGUCUGCCGUAGCGCAAUCAAUCAGGGAAUAUUAUUUUGCACAGAAAGCAAUCAGUAUGGAAACCAUUGAAGAUUUCUUAGACUAUCAAGGGGAUACAAUGAUAUUAGUUUCUGUGUUAAGGGGAAUAGCCGAAAGAGCAGCAACUUCGAGGUCUUCGGUGAGAUUACUUGAAUUUGCCUUCCGAGGGACCCAUAACUCAGAUUGGGCAUAUCCCCAAAUACCAGUAACAGGAGCUAAGCAUGGCGCGAUAUUGAACUAUCUUUUUGAUUUCGAUUUACGUUCAGGCGACUAUCUUGUACAGACUUCGUUAUUGAGACGAUUCGCUGCAUUUGCUAGAAAUGGAGACCCAAACCCAGCAAACACCGAUGUCAUUUGGAAUCCUUAUACACCAGGAUCAACGGUAGCAUUGCGUCUAAGUGGUGAAGAUACCACAACAUCUAACCAUAUGUUCCAAGAAGAAGCAAGAGUGAACAUACAUCAGCAAAGAAUGGGUUUCUGGAAUAAUCUAUAUUCUAUUUAUUAUAACCCACCGCAGGCUUCUUCAGCGUCUAGAAUUUUAAGUUUAACUAUAGUUCUUAUUUCGUGUGUGUUAGUGUUGAAAUUGCUGUAAUUUUUUUUUGUAUGUUAAAUGUGUAAAAUGCAGUAUUAAUGGGUAUAAAAUUAGCAUUUUAACGCGAAAAAGAGCUAUUAUUAUUCAGUUUGAGUUAAUACUGCACAAUUGUAGAGACGAUUGAUUUGACCCAAAAUUAAUAUUUUUUCUAUACGUAUUCAAUACGUCUGAUUAAGAUUAAUAGUAAUUAAGAAAUUUAACAUUCUAGUAGAGUGAGCAUUUAAUUUAGGUAAAAUUGUACAUAAUCUUUGUGUUCUUUGACUCAAAGAUUAUGUACAAUUUUCACUCUCAAAUAUUUAGCGUAAGAAAGAACGAGACCAAAAUAUGUUAUUGUAUUUUUAAAAAGUUAUUGUUAAGUUCCCUUUACUUGUUAACCCAGAAACAAUAAAGUAAUAAAAAGAUUUCUGUAA